AUGGAGGUCCUGGAAGAGGAGGGAGAGGAGGUUGGAUCUGCGGAAGAGGAAGGUAAAGUGGCCGGAGAAGAAGGGAAGCGAGGGGAGGCGGGAGGGGGAGGUGAAGUGGGGCAGUUUCUUGCCCUGGGCAGCUGCCCAGGGCAAGACUGCCCUGGCUACGCCCCUGGAUUUGAGCAGGUUGUGGAAGAUGAUGACCGCAUUAGAACAGGAACCGUGUGGACUGCUACGGCACAUGCAAUCACAGCGAUAGUGGGGACCGGUGUCCUGACACUGCCAUGGAGUAUUGCUCAACUUGGCUGGAUAAUUGGCCCUAUUGUUCUCGUUCUCUUUGCUUUCGUUACCUAUUACUGUUCCAUUCUCCUCUCUGACUGUUAUCGGUCUCCUGACCCCAUCAAAGGAAGGCGUAACUACACUUACAUGGAUGCUAUAAGAGCAUUUCUUGGUGAGAAAGAUGUUUCACUAUGUGGAAUCGUACAGUAUCUUAUUCUAUGGGGAACUAUGGUGGGCUAUACCAUCACAGCUUGCAUGAGCAUGAUGGCCAUUAAGCUGUCACAUUGCUAUCACAAGAAUGGUAAAAGUGCUGUAUGUGAGGCUUCUGGAAUCCUAUAUGGUAUUAUGUUUGGUGUGGUCGAAGUAAUAUUGUCCCAAUUUCCUAACUUGGAAAAGGUUUCAAUCCUCUCAUACACUGCAGCCGCGAUGUCAAUUUUAUACUCCUUUAUUGCUCUAUAUUUGUCUGCAAUAAAAUUCUCUGCUCAUCAGCAAGUCAGAGGAACCGUUCUUGGAGUAGACACAGGCGGAAAUAUCUCCGCAGCUACAAAGGUUUGGCAUUGUUUUCAAGCUCUUGGAAAUAUUGCUUUUGCCUACACCUAUGCCAUGGUUCUAAUAGAGAUCCAGGAUACUCUGAAAUCUCCACCACCUGAAAACAGAACAAUGAGGAAAGCAAAUGUUUAUGGGAUUGGAGGAACGACAAUCUUCUACAUCUUUCUUGGAUUGGUGGGAUAUGCUGCCUUUGGGAGUGAUGCCCCAGGAAACAUUCUUACUGGAUUUUAUGAACCAUUUUGGCUUAUUGACAUUGCUAAUAUUGCUGUACUCAUACAUCUCAUUGGAGCAUAUCAGGUAUUUUCACAACCACUUUUUGCCUUCUAUGAACAUUGGCUAGCAACAAAAUGGCCGAAUUCAGGCUUCUUCAACAAAGUCUACACAUUUAAAGCAUGUUUUCCCAAAUCAAGGUCCUUCAAGUUCACAUUAUGCAAGCUUCUUGUACGAACAACCUUCGUGAUUCUCACAACAGUAGUUUCCCUGAUGCUUCCCUUCUUCAAUGCAAUUGUGGGUUUGCUCGGUGCCCUUGGAUUUUGGCCACUGACAGUAUACUAUCCUAUAACGAUGUACCUUGCCCAAGCUAAGAUCAGGAGAGGCAAUAGCAAGUGGGUGGCUUUACAGCUCAUGAGCUGCAUCUGUCUGCUUGUGUCUCUAGUUUCCGUUGUUGGAUCAAUUGCAGAUAUCGCUCAGCAUCUCGGGAACACGAGACUCUUCAAGAUGGAGUUAUAAAAGGAAGGCUAGUAGACAAGCGUAUUGAAACCAUCCGAGUUUCAUAUAUAUGCAGCUUAACCAUGUGAUAAGGCUGUAUUUCUGAUUUAUGAUUCUGGGUUGAUAAAUUCUGCUUGGUUGCUUUUGUGUAGUUAAACUAUCCGGUGAAUACUGUUCCGUGACAGCUUGUUCGACAAGGAUCA